AUGCUCACACAAGCCUCUGAGUCUCAGUCAUACCUCUGCCAUGAGUCAAGCCACCAGAGAUCUUCAGACUUCGCAUUAGGACCUGCUCUACAAUCAGUUCUGCAGAGAGGCCUGCCCAACUCUGUCAGACUGGUUCAUGGGUCGAGUCUGUGUUCAGGCAGACUGCAGGUGAAGUUGAACGAGUCCUGGUCCUCAGUUUGUGAAGAUGACUUUGACCAGCAGGAUGCACAGGUGGUCUGUAGAGAGCUGGGCUGUGGACCUCCUUCAGUCCUCCAGGUGGCGCUCUAUGGAGAAAUGGUGUUAGCAAAGUGGACCAAAGAGUUCCAUUGUGGAGGCAAUGAGUCUGGUCUUUUGGCCUGUGGAAGCUCAGGCUCAGACAGAAACUCCUGUUUACGUGGUAAAGCUGUUGGACUCACCUGCUCAGAGCCUGUCAGGUUGGUGGGAGGAGCCACCCAAUGUGCUGGUAUAGUGGAGGUUAACGUCCAGCAAGACUGGAGACCAGUGAUGCACUAUUACUGGACCCUGAAGAGAGCAGAUGUGGUGUGUCGAGAUCUGGACUGUGGCUCUGCUGUUUAUACAGAAAUGAGACGUGGUUCCUCAGACAGACCUGUGUGGGAGAUCACAUAUGAGUGUCUUGAUUAUGGAUAUUCACUGAGGGACUGUGGGGCAUCUUCAUAUUCUUCUGACAGCAUUCAGAUCAACUGUUCAGAGGUGCUGUUUCUGCCAAUCAUCUCUCUGUCCUCGUCUGUGGGCGGAGUCUCUGUUGUCCAGCAGGAGGAGAUUUGGGUGUUCAGAGGCUCCGUCUUUACCAUCAGCUGCUCCAUCCAGCCACAGUAUCCAGGAGGCUCCUUCCAGCUCACCUUCACUUCCUCCAACGCAACACGCAACUCCACCCAGCCAGCUGUCAAUCACUCUGCCCUCUUCCUGUUUCCUGCUGCAAACCACACCCACCGAGGCAACUACAGCUGUGUUUAUAACAUCCACAAGUUUUCUCAUAACUUUUCAUCUGUGAGCCGUUUGCUGUCUCUGACUGUCUCAGUUCCACCAGAUCAAACAGUCGUUGUGGUCAGACUGGUGACCUCCGUGUUGCUGACUCUGCUGCUCAUCAUCAUCAUCAUCUCUUGUGUCUGUGGGAAAACAUGGUACCAUACCACCAGGGGGCACAAAAUGAUCAGUCAAAACAACAUUGAGAUGGUUAACCUCAGUGUUUCUGGAGCUGAAGGAGGCUCAUCUGAAGAUGAAGUAGCCGAGGAGCAAGUCUAGAAGGAUUUUUUCAGCUG